AUGGGUUCCGACGAUUACAAGGCUAUUGGCGGCGGCGCCCUUAAGCUGAAAGGCGCAAAGGUCAGCAAGAAGAAGAAGAAGGCAGCCAAGUCAGACCUGGAAAAGAAUCUCUCGACCGGAGACGAUGCCGCACUCGCCAAAAAGGACGACGACGACGACACGUCCAAACGCAGCCGCGAUAAGAAAAAGAGCCCCGUAGACGAUCAUCACAGCAACGAAGAUGGCGAGGACAAGGAAGAGGAUGAACCAGUGGUACUGAAGACGGAGUCGGAGCGACGGCACGAAGAAGCUAGGAAGAAGAGGCUUCUCCAGAUUGCGCAAUCAUCUGGAUCAAGACCCGAGCUGUUAAAGACACACAAAGAGCGCGUUGAGGAGCUGAAUACGUAUUUGUCCAGGCUGAGCGAGCAUCAUGAUAUGCCCAAGAUCGGACCGGGCUAAGAGGCAAUGAUGCACCAGCAUUGGGCCCAUGGGAAAGGGUAUUUGCAUGGAAUGGAGUUUCGGCGUUUUCUGUUCCUGGAUGUUGAAAUUACUGGAUUAUUAUAUACCCAUGAAAACCUAUCAAAGGAAAUACGAGUACCAAUUUCACAACAACGAUUGGUUAGAAAAUUGAAAAACCGUCAACAUC